AUGGCCCCUUCUACUCCUACACCCAGCCCUUUCGCCGCCAUGAGGAACUUUGGUGGUAUGGUGUCAUCUGCUCUUUCUUUCGGCGACAGAUCUCGCCAAGUCUCCUCCCUCGGCCUCGGCACUCUCUCUCUGGGGGAGCCGUCUGGCGCUGCCCCGCCCCCUCGCUCCGCCUCUCCCUCCGCUGGUUCUCCCGUCCCCGUAACGGGUUCUCCUGGAGGGCCUCCUCCUGCCGCCACUCCUCGCCGUAGGACGCCCGCCUUUCGUCCUGGUGAGUCUCCGUCCUCCUCCGACCAGGACUCGCUCAGUGGGGGCUCGGAGUCGGGUGAUCGACCCGACACCGAAGAAAGUGAGGAUGAUGAUGAUGGGGAGGGUAGGAUCGAUAGUGAGGGUGAAAGCGAGUUAGAAGAAUACCCGGAUGAUGAUGUGGAGGUGAUUAGUGUAGAGGACAACAACGUAGAUAGUCCUGAGCGUGAGUUCUUCGUCCAACCCCUCACACCUUCGCCGAACUUGGCCUUGUUUAUCUGUUCUUUAGCUCUCCAAGACAUUGCUAACUCGCAGCCGGUCCUGCCCCUCCCCCUGCUCAAAUUGUGGGCCAGAAACGACGCCGUUCCCUCUCUUCUUCUUCUUCUUCCUCUUCUUCUUCUUCCUCUUCUUCUUCCUCUUCCGGGGUUCUCCCCCCCCCCCAACGCCAUCGCCGCUGCCGCCGCUGCUGGUCCUGCUGCCGCCGCCCCCGUCGCUGCUCCCCCCCCUUCUCCCAGAGGGGAGCCUUCGCCCAAACGGGUGAAGAGAUCACUGCGGGAAGAAGAGUACUUGUGGGAGAAGAUGAAGUCCGAGCCUGGUCGUUGGAUCGCGGUUGGUGUUGACGAAGCGUGUGAUCGUUGCCGACGUGAGAUUAUCACGUAUAAUCGUCCAAACUGGCCCUGCCUCAAGGCAGUCAGGCCACACAACAAGGCCCUCCGUUGUGCUUCAUGCACGUCUGGCCCCUGCUCCUUCUGUCCCGUUUCCUCUGCCCGGGACAUCCCGCCCCGUCCCUCCGACUCUUCGCCCUUCCCCCCUCCUCAGACUCCAGCGUCUGCCCCCCGUUCGCGGGUACCUCCUUCGUCUCUCCGGUCGGUUCGCCGUACUUCGCCGGACCUCCGCCCGUCGCCUCCGUCGCCGUCGCCCUUCGCUCCUGUGGCCGGCCCAUCACGUCUCCCGGCUGUUCCUCCUUCGUCUUCUCGCCGUCCUUCGGUCUCUGCUCCUUCGGCCUCCCGUCCUUCGGCCUCUCGUCCUUCGGCGCCACGUCCGUCCUCUCCAGUGGUAGCUUCUCCUCCGGCUCACAGCACCCGAAGUCGGCGUCCUUCUGUUCCUCCGGCCACUUCGGCGGCCCCUCCCGUCACCCCUCCCUCUGCUUCCCAGAAGACACCGAAGUCUUCUUUAAAGAAAUCAAAAGGGAAAUCUAAAGAGAAGGAGGUUGCCUUCAAUGAUGGUGAUGUGGAAAAUGAAGAUACUCAGCGUGCUGGUCCCUCUGCUCCCCGUGCUGGUCCCUCUGCUCCCCGGUUGUCCCUCGUCCACCCUCGUAUCUCCCUGGACGUCCGUAUUCCUGAGGACGAAAAGGAAUUUGCCACUUAUCGUUCUCUCGUCCUCGGUCUCACUACUCAGCUUGAGGCCGCCCGAAAUGAUACAUCUCUCCUGCUUGACUUCUCUUCUCGUCAAGCUAACGCUUUAAACAAUCUUACUGCGGCGUUAGUAGAUGUAGUCAACACUGGGGCUCUGGACGACGAAGCAAGGACAAGGUUAGCGGACGUCUCUCGCCGAAGCCUUACUGAGAUAGCCGAUGUUCGCCGAAGACUGUUCGACACCCCCUUCCUAGUCACUCCUAUGGCGUAUGAGCCACCACCGUCCCUUGACUGGUUAGGUCGCCGUAGUAAUUCUCGUGUCCCAGCUUCCGCCCAGACUGCUCUCGACCUCCUCAGUCUUCCCUUCGAGUGUCUACGGACCAUACGUUCUCUGUGGAGGACCCCGAGCAUGCAAGCUGCUCGAGAUGUCCAGGACUUCGGUGACUUCUUUGGGGCUAUGAAUCGGGCAUGGAAUGCUUCUCUCUCUACUGCGUUCCCGUCUGAGACUCUCGAUCUACCUUCGGUCAUCGGUAGCCUCCACACCAAUCCCGCGGGACCGAGUAGAUCGAAGGAGAAAGGAAAAGGAAAAGGUAAGGGUAAGAGUAAGGACAAGUGA